UUUUCGUAUGAAGCACUGGCUUUUACAUUAGCAUGCCAUCAUAGCCAACCUGGGUGUAAUUAUUAUCCCGUUCUGAAUAUUCAGAAUGUGUGUGCAAAUCUCCAGUAUUUCUCUGAAACAUAACGACACUCCACUUGUAAUCCCAUACGAAUGGGACGAUUUGUACACUUUCACAGAAUUGGAUAAGGAAGAUCGGGAGGAACACAAAUUAUGGUGCCCCGUGCGCGCUUUUUUGGGCUGGUGCUGGGAUGUUUUCCGGUACGGUCUGGCGCUGAUGCUGCUGUAUGACGCUGUUCUCCGUGUUUAUGAAGACUGUGCACGGGAUCCCAUCGUCACGGCAUGCCGCUUAUUGGCACCGCUGAUCCUCCUGGCUAUGCAGGUCUACCUGUCCAUCCCGGUGGAGAAGAAAAAGGAAAUGCGUCAGUGUGGCUAUCUGCUCCUCCUCUCCCUCCUUCUUCUCGGUGUGUGUUUCACCCGCUCCAAGCGGGACGCCGUCCUGGAAGCUAACAACCGACCGGCACUGAAACUCGCUGACGGACAGUGGACGUACACGAGAGUGGGCGAUAUCGGGAACGGGGCAUUCGCGGAAGUCAAUCCGACGGUGUGGCAGUCCAUUAUCAACAACGAUGGACACGCCAUAGGUAGACUGCGGGAUCAGUCAAUUGAUUACGUCAAACUGGAGCAACCGCCUCCGGAAACUCGUUGUGUACGCAUCGGGAUGCGAUUGCGCUGUACAUAGUAGAUUUUUUUUACAUACAGUAGUACCCGCAUAAUCUUCUUAUGUACAUGUAUAAGUGGCAUUUGGCGCGCUUUCUAGGCUUGGCAACGCCCAGGGAACUUUUUUGAUCGAAAUACGAAAACAAUUUUUAUUAUACUUUACUUUAUUUUAUCCAUCAUUUAAAUAAUUAGACAGCCUUCCAAUUUGCUGCAUGUAAAGAGCACUUGUUUCCGUGUACUUCUACCGUUAA